AUGGAACUUGGGAGGGGCGUUUCGGCACGGGACCCCCCCGCGGAGAAGGGGCUUUCUGGGGACGAUCUUGCUGCUGGCGUGCGGUUGGAGCUGGAGGAUAGCUUCGGCGCAGAUGGACGAAGGGAAGUCGGUGUACUUCUGGGAGACAGCGCCCCUAUGCACUAUUUAGAGCAUGACCAGGAAGUGCCUCGGUUUGGCCCCGAACCAGAGAAGGGCGGGAAUACAGCUGCAGUCCAGCGUUCCCGCCGUACUGCUGACAGCUUAUUGUUAGAGGAAGCCAUUCUUCUCCACGCGUCUGCAGCGGUGAAGGAUGCCCCUGUCAGCUCCCGUCAGCUCCGGUCCGACAGGCGCUCUGACCAUAACCUGCCAUUACCUCGCCCGGCGCAGACAGGGUGUACAGGAAAGAGUGAUGGGUCUAUGAACAAAGGACAACGCCAAGUUGAAGCCAGCGUGGCCUUUGCAGGGACAGUGUGCUCUGAGUCUGCGGCAGAUGAGACGAGCUGUGGCAUUAGAGACGCCACUGACAUUUACCUGAGAAAGCCUCACAGCAGCUUAACAAUCACCACCUGUCUGUCCCCGCGCCUGUCUGUCCCUGCGCCUGUCUGUCCCCGCGCCUGUCUGUCCCCGCGCCUGUCUGUCCCCGCGCCUGUCUGUCCCUGCGCCUGUCUGUCCCCGCGCCUGUCUGUCCCUGCGCCUGUCUGUCCCUGCACCUGCUCCUGUCUGUCCUGCGCCUGUCUGUCCCUGCGCCUGUCUGUCCCCGCACCUGUCCUGUCCCUGCGCCUGUCUGUCCUGCACCUGCUCCUGUGGUCAGGUCCGUGGGGCAGGUGCAUGGGCAGCGAGUGCGGUCCCGGGGGCAGCCAGAGCAGGGCCGUGUGGUGUGCCCACGUGGACGGAUGGACCACCCUCCACACCAACUGCGAGCAGAGCCUGCGCCCGUCCAACCAGCGCAACUGCUUCAGGGUGUGCGACUGGCACCGAGACCUGUACGGCUGGAGCCUGGGCGCGUGGAACAGCUGCGUGCCCGUGAUCACCAGAUGCCCUCCCCCGAUGCCCUGCUCUGGGGGGGAGGAGGGGCUACAGACUCGUGAGGUGCGCUGUGUCCUGAAAGCGGACGACUCCAGCGCAGAAGACUCCAUCUGCGAAUACUUCGAGCCCAAACCUCGUCUGGAGCAGGCCUGCCUCAUCCCCUGCCCCCAGGACUGCGUGGUGUCCGACUACUCCCCCUGGACUUCCUGCUCCAAAACCUGCGGCACUGGACUCCGAAACCGGGUCCGGAGCGUGCUGGUGCCCCCGGUGUUUGGAGGAGCACAAUGCCCCAACCUGACAGAGUUCCAGUCGUGUAAACCUGGAGCGUGCACGGGACCGGAGAAUAUGUACAGUCUCAAAGUGGGACCCUGGACUCCCUGCGCCCUCCCCCCCGCCAGGGAGAAACGCCAGGCCAAGAGGAGGCGGGGCAAAGGGGAGGGGCCACGGGACAGAGGGGGCGGGGUCAAAGAUCCAGAGACUAAAGAGCUGAUUCAGAAGAAGAGGACGAGGAACCGGCUGAACAGGCAGGAGAGCCCCUUCUGGGACAUCCAGGUGGGCUACCAGAAGCGAGAGGUGGUCUGUGUGCAUCGCAACGGGAGCACUGUCUCUAAACACCUGUGCACCCCUCGUGACCUGCCCCUCACCCUGCAGUCGUGCGUGCUGCCCAAAGACUGCCAGCUGAGCCCUUGGAGCCCGUGGUCCUCCUGCUCUAAGCCCUGCUCCGACCCGGCCUCCCCGCGUGGCACCCGGGCGCGCAGCAGGCAGGUGACCCAGCUGUCCGCGGGGGAGGGCGCCCCGUGUGAACCUGUGGAGGAGACAGAGGAGUGUGACCCGACGGGCGACGCCGUGCCACCCUGCCCCAAGUUCAUGUGGAGGAUGUCCGAGUGGAGCGAGUGCCGUGUGGACCUGCUGCUGAGCCAACAGGACCGUCGCCGUGGUAACCUGACGGGUCUGUGUGGAGGGGGCCUGCAGACGAGGGAGGUCUACUGCGUCCAGGCCAACGCCGAGGUGCUCACCUACAUCAGCCAGUUACAGGAGAGGGACAGAGCGGCUCAGAGCCAGACCCAGCAGAAGCCUAGCGUGCCCCCCCUGCUCUCUGUCAGCUACACCAUCACAGCUUCUCCGCCGGUGGAAAACAGACUGUGCGAGGGUCCCAUGCCAAACCGGUCCCAGCUGUGCCACCUCCCCUGCCCCAUCGAGUGCCAAGUGUCUCCCUGGGGUGCCUGGGGUCCAUGUACCUACGAGAACUGUGACGACCAGACCUCCAAGAAAGGGUUUAAGCUGCGGAGGCGUGAGAUCGUGAACGUGCCCAGCGGAGGAGCGGGCAGCUGUCCUCACCUGGUGGAGGCGGUGCCCUGCGAGGAGCCGUCCUGCUGGAGCUGGAGGGUCCUGGGGCUGGAGCAGUGUGCCCCAGAGGGAGAUCUGCCGUGUGGGCCGGGCACACAGACUGCUCUGGUGCAGUGUGUCAACAGCACUGGAUACGAGGUGGACGGCUCGCUGUGCUCCUCGUCCCCUCCCCCGGCCCCGGAGCCCUGCGAGGUGCCCUGCUCCAGAGACUGCGUGCUCAGCGAGUGGACCCCCUGGACCUCCUGCUCGCAGACCUGCUCCAGCAAAACCAUCGAGGGCAAACAGAUGAGAACUCGCUCCAUACUGGCCUACAACGCCGGCGAGGGUGGAGCUCUGUGCCCCAACAGCAGCGCCCUACAGGAGGUGAGGAACUGUAAUGAACACGCCUGCACCGUGUACCACUGGCAGACCGGAGCGUGGGGGGCCUGUACCGAAGACCCCACCUCCUCUUCCUCCUCCACCAACACCAGCAGCACCCAAGGGUCCGGCACCGGCACCCAAGGGCCCUGUGCCAUGGGGGUCCAGACCAGGAAGGUCAUCUGCGUCCGGGUCAACGUGGGACAGGUGCCACCCAAAAAGUGCCCAGACGCCCCCCGCCCCAGCACCAUGCGCACCUGUCAGCUGUCCUGUAAGAGGGACUGUAUCGUGACGCCCUUCAGUGAGUGGACGCCCUGCCCCGACUCCUGUGACCCAGCUGGCGGUGCGGUGAGCAGUAAGCAGAGUCGCAGGAGGCUGGUUCUGCAGCAGCCCGCAAACGGAGGUCUGGAGUGUCCCGAGGUCCUGGAGGAGCAGAGGGACUGUGAGCCGCCCAAAUCCUGCCCCGGCUUCAGGUGGAAGACUCACAAAUGGAGGAAGUGUCAGCUGGUGCCAUGGCUGCUCCGCCAGGACAUCCCCAACGCUCAGGAGGGCUGUGGACCAGGCCUGCAGACCAGAGCGGUGUCAUGCCGGCAGCUGGACGGUGCCCAGGCGGACGUGGGCCAGUGCCUGAGGUGGGCGCGCUCCAUGCCCCCCUCCACCCAGCGCUGCCUGCUGCCCUGCCAGGACGACUGCCAGCUCGGCCCCUGGUCCAAGUUCUCCCCCUGCACGGCCGACUGCGCGGGGGUGCGCUCCCGGAAGAGGGCCCUGAUAGGUCGCAGUAAGAAGAAGGACAAAUGUAAGAACACGCAGAUGUACCCCCUGAGCGAGACGCAGUACUGCCCCUGCGACAAGUACAACGCCCAGCCCGUGGGCAACUGGUCCGACUGCAUCCUGCCCGAGGGUUCGCCGGUGUCAGGGGUCAGGGGUCAGCUGGAGGUCGCCGCGGGGCCAGGGGCAAAGGGUCAAGCGGAGGUCAAGGAGUGCGGCCAGGGAUACCGCUACCAGGCCAUGGUGUGCUACGACCAGGACAACAGGCUGGUGGAGACGGCUCGCUGCAACAGUCACGGGUACAUCGAGGAGGCGUGCAUCAUCCCGUGCCCCUCGGACUGUAAACUGAGCGAGUGGUCAAACUGGUCUCGCUGCAGUAAGUCGUGCGGCAGCGGGGUCAAAGUUCGCUCCAAGUGGCUCCGAGAAAAACCUUACAAUGGAGGAAGACCCUGCCCCAAACUGGACCACAUCAACCAGGCUCAGGUGUACGAGAUGGUGCCGUGCCAGAGUGACUGUGGGCAGUACGUGUGGGUGGCUGAGCCCUGGAGCGUGUGGAAGGUCAGCAACGUGGACCUGAAGGAGAACUGUGGAGAGGGGGUCCAGACCAGGAAAGUCCGGUGCAUGCUGAACACCAUCGACGGGCCCUCGGAGGCAGUGGACGACUACCUGUGCGACCCGGAGGAGAUGCCGCUGGGGGCCAGAGAGAGCCGGCUGCCCUGCCCCGAAGACUGUGUGCUCAACGACUGGGGCCCCUGGAGCCAGUGCAGCCUGCCGUGCACCCGGACGCGCUUCAGAGAGAGGACGGCGUACGUGCUGCGCUCGCCCAGCGUGGGGCGCCAGUGUCCCAACACCACAGACAGAGAGCCCUGCAGCCUCAACCUCAACUGCUUCAACUACUUCUACAACAUCACAGAGUGGAGCACGUGUCAGCUCAGCCCCAACGCCGUCUGUGGUCCUGGACUAAAGACCAGGAUGUUGGACUGUGUGAGGAGCGACGGAAAGUCUGUGGACAUGCGCUUCUGUGAGGAGUUAAACCUGGAGAAGCGUUGGCAGAUGAACAUGUCCUGCACGGUGGAGUGUCCGGUGAACUGUCAGCUGUCCGAGUGGUCCUCCUGGUCCCAGUGCUCCCACACCUGCGGACUGGAAGGGAAGAUGUGGCGCAGUCGCUGGGUGCUCCAGGCGUCUCAGGGGGACGGGCGCCCCUGUCCUGCCCACAUGCAGCAGUGGAAGCCCUGCCCCGUCAGGCCCUGUUACUCCUGGAGGUACAGCCAGUGGUCCGAGUGCAGGGUGGAGAGCGUGGUGUGUGGAGCUGGCCUGCGUUUCCGUAACCUCACCUGCUGGGUGUCGGACGGCUCUGUGGAGGACCCCGGGGCGCAGGUGGAGGAGGAGCUGUGCAGCGGGCUGGAGCUGGAGGUGGACGGAGACGCGAGGAUCAGCCUGAAGGAGCCCUGUACUCUGCCCUGUCCAGGCGAGUGUUACCUGAUGGAGUGGUCAGACUGGAGUCCGUGUGUCAGUAUCUGCGUGAAGGAGGCCUCGGUGGAGUUCGGCUCGGUCCAGGUCCGGUCCAGAGCCGUCCUGGCCCAAGAACCGGAGAACCUCCAGCAGUGUCCGGACCAGGCCUGGGAGUCUCAGAGCUGCACUGGAGGAGAUUGUUACGAGUACAAGUGGAGGAGCAGUGUUCUACCAGACUCCACCAGGCCCGUCAUCUGGUGCCAGAGGUCAGAUGGAGUCAACGUCACAGGAGGCUGCCCCCCACUGAGCCCCGGAGCCGACAGCAGCUCCUGUGACCCCCCCUGCCUCAUGCCCCGCUCCUUCUGCUCACAGAGUGGCCUGUGCAUGUGCGAGGAGGGCUACACUGAGCUCCUCUCUCCGGUGGGUCAGCUCCUGCGCUGCGCCCCCAUCCCCGUCCUGGAGCUCCCCACGGCGCAGGACCCCGGGGCCGAGGUGGAUACCAGCCGAGCGGCCAGCCCCACCCAGAGCUCCACCGCCCAGCCGGGGAGAGGGGGCAGGGCCUGGUACCUGCAGCCCUACGGAGCCGAUGGGAGGCUGAAGAUGUGGGUGUACGGGGUAGCAGCGGGGGGCCUGGUGCUCCUCAUAUUCAUAGUGUCUAUGAUUUACUUAGCCUGCAAAAAGCCAAAGAGACCUCCGAGACAGAGGCAACAGAACAACAACCGCCUAAAACCUCUGACGCUGGCCUACGACGGAGACACGGACAUGUAG